UUGUAGUCAGUCAGUCCGCGUACUUCCAAUGACAAGCUAAAGUAAUUCAGUGCUCCUACUCUUAUUUGUGGGAAUCCCUGUGCGUUUUUGGAUUUAUUUAAAACAUGGGAUUUGAGCUGGAUCGUUUUAAGGGGGCCGUGGACCCAGAUUUUAAAUGCAACUUGUGUAAUAAAGUUUUGGAAGAUCCGCUUACAACUCCGUGUGGUCACGUAUUUUGCGCUGGUUGUGUGUUGCCGUGGGUUGUCCAGCAGAGCAGCUGCCCCGUCAAGUGCCAAAGAAUCUCAACGAAGGAGCUGAACCACGUUCUCCCUCUGAAAAAUCUUAUUCUAAAACUGGACAUAAAGUGUGACAACUAUGCAAGGGGCUGCGAAAAAGUAGUGAAGCUGCAACAUCUUGCGGAACACGCCGAGAUGUGCGAUUACUCGCCAGCGAAAUGCAGGAAUAAGGGAUGCAAUGAAGUACUAAAUCUGAAGGACAUGGAUGCCCACAUGCGCGAAACCUGUGAUUACAGACCGGUCGGGAUUUGCGAAAGUGGAUGUGGAUUGAUGCUCAUUCACAAAGAGCAGAAAUUAGGCAGCCACUGCUGUUUGAAAGCUCUGAAAACUCACAACAGCGCGCUGCAAGCGAAAGUGGUGGGCUUGGAUAAGGAGUUCAAGAAGCAAUCUCUGAAGUCUAGCAAACGAGAGAAAUCACUUCUGGCUCAACUCUCUGCGGUUCACAACGAGCUUCAAAUGACAGCGCUGAAGUAUCAGAAGAAAUUCACCGAAUACAGUGCGAGGAUCGACUCGCUUACGAAGACCCUCGCUCCUCCAUGCAAGGGCGGGGAGACGAAGAACAUCAAAGUGCUGCUUCACCGAGAAUCCGGAUCUCUGGGAUUUAACAUCGUUGGUGGCAGACCGUGCGGGGAAAAUGAGGAUGGCUCAUCCAACGAGGGGAUCUUUGUGUCCAAAAUAGUGGAGAACGGACCGGCAGACAAGGAGGGCGGGCUUCUGAUCCACGACAGGAUAAUGGAGGUGAAUGGGAAGGACCUAUCCAAGGCCACCCAUGACCAGGCGGUGGAGGCCUUCCGUACGGCUAAGGAGCCAAUCGUGGUCCAGGUGCUGCGCCGGGCGCCCCGCCCCAAAGCCGUGGGCCCCGCCUCUGACGCCCUGGUGGUGGACAUCAGCACGCAGACGGACAUCACCUUCCAGCACAUCAUGGCCCUCACCAAACUGCCCGCCUCCACCCCGCCUGUCGACGUGCUGGAGCAGUACCUGCUGCCCGAGGAACACUCUCCAGGCCAUGAAUACUUUGACCCCAGUGACUUCCUCGAGGGCAUGCAGCAGGACAUGGAGAGAGAGGAGCUGGAAUACGAGGAAGUGGAUUUAUACAGAGUAAAUAUCCAGGACAAGCUGGGACUGACAGUUUGUUACAGGACUGACGAUGAAGAUGAGACUGGGAUUUAUGUGAGCGAGAUUGACCCGAACAGCAUUGCGGCGAAGGACGGUCGGAUUAGAGAAGGAGACCGGAUUAUCCAGAUCAAUGGCAUCGAGGUGCAGAACCGGGAGGAGGCAGUGGCACUGCUGACCAGCGAGGAGAACAAGAACGUGUGCCUGCUCGUGGCUCGGCCGGAGAUGCAGCUGGAUGAGGGGUGGAUGGACGAUGACAGGAACGACUUUCUGGACGACCUCCACAUGGACAUGCUGGAGCAACAGCACCACCAGGCCAUGCAGUUCACCGCCAGCAUGCUGCAGCAGAAGAAGCACGAAGAAGACGGGGGCACCACGGACACGGCCACCCUCCUGUCCAACCAUCUGGAGAAGGACAGCGGGGUGGGCCGGACGGACGAGAGCACGCGCAACGACGAGAGCUCGGAGCAGGAGAACCUGGGCGACGAGCACAGCGCCUCGCUGGGCUGCGGCAGGAAGCUGGCCUACAGCCAGGACACGCUGGGCAGCGGCAGGAAGCUGGCCUACAGUCAGGACACGCUGGGCAGCGGGGACCUGCCCUUCAGCGGCGAGUCCUUCAUCUCCGCCGACUGCGCCGACGUCGACUUCCUGGGCAUCCCGGCGGACGAGUGCGAGCGCUUCCGGGAGCUUCUGGAGCUCAAGUGCCAGGUGAAGAGCGCGGGCGGGUACUGCGCCGUCGCCGGCGGCGACCAGGAGGCCGGCGUGGACAAGGAGCUGGAGCUGCUGAACGAGGAGCUCCGCAGCAUCGAGCUGGAGUGCCUGAACAUCGUGCGGGCGCACCGCAUGCAGCAGCUUCGCGAGCAGUACCGCGAGUCCUGGAUGCUGCACAACAGCGGCUUCCGCAACUACAACACCAGCAUCGACGCGCGCCGCCACGAGCUCUCCGACAUCACCGAGCUGCCCGAGAAGUCGGACAAGGACAGCUCCAGCGCCUACAACACGGGCGAGAGCUGCCGCAGCACCCCGCUGACCCUCGAGCUGUCGCCCGACAACUCCCUGCGCCGCGGAGACGAGGGCGGGCCCGAGGGCGCGGGGGCCGCCGCCCGGCUCCCUAAACCGCUGCUGUCGCCCGUGCAGGAGGCCAGCCCCGCCAGGCCGCGGCCCAAGGAGGCCGAGCUCGGCCCCCAGCCGGACGGGAAGGAGUGCAAGCAGGGCGAGGCCGGCAAGAAGGGCUCUCUGUCCCCCCACCCCCGCUCGCCCUACAAGCACGCGCACAUCCCCGCCCACGCCCAGCACUACCAGAGCUACAUGCAGCUGAUACAGCAGAAGUCGGCGGUGGAGUACGCCCAGAGCCAGAUGAGCCUGGUGAGCAUGUGCCGGGACCCGGCGUCCCCCGGCGACCUGGAGCCCAAGAUGGAGUGGAAGGUGAAGGUGCGGAGCGACGGCACGCGCUACAUCACCAAGCGGCCCGUCCGCGACAAGCUGCUGAAGGAGCGCGCCCUGCGCAUCCGCGAGGAGCGCAGCGGCAUGACCACGGACGACGACGCCGUCAGCGAGAUGAAGAUGGGCCGCUACUGGAGCAAGGAGGAGCGCAAGCAGCACGUGGUGCGCGCCAAGGAGCAGCGGCAGCGGCGGGAGCACAUGAAGCAGAGCCGCAUCGACUGCCUGAAGGAGCAGAGCGCCGCCGAGGACCGCCGGGAGCCCAACAUCCUGGAGCUCAGCCACAAGAAGAUGAUGAAGAAGAGGAACAAGAAGAUCUUCGACAACUGGAUGACCAUCCAGGAACUGCUGACGCACGGCACCAAGUCGCCCGACGGGACGCGGGUGUACAACUCGCUCCUGUCCGUCACCACCGUGUAGGAUCGGCGGCCCCUCCCCCCCCUCUUUGUGUAAUGUACUGUAAAUAGGACACCUCCGGUUGGGGUAGAGAUACCUGCCUCGUUCAAUGCGGCAACUUUCUUUUGUAAAUACGAAGCGAGGGGAGACUUUUUUUUUUUUCCCGAGGAACUCGAGAAUCCGCAAGUGGAAAAGACGGUUGAGAGAGUGGUUUGCGAACGGUCUGUGAAACUUUGAAGGUGAUAUGAAAAUGUUUUCACACGCUUUUCGAUAGCCUUUCUACCUUUGUACUCGUUAUUUUAAAUAAUAUGUAAAAAAAACAACAAAAAAAAACUUACAAUUCGUAUGCCUUUUUUUUUUCUUUUGAAACCUUGCGCAGGUUUUUCAGCGGUGGAAAAAACUGCUUGCCAAGAGUUAACAGCCAACAUUUAUUCUUUUUUGGAAACAAUUAUCUUUUAUCAGUAUUUUACUGUUUAUGCAUUUGUCUUGCUUAUUACAAAAACAGAAAUAUGGAAAAAAGCUUCAAGGUCAACACAGAAUCCUUUUUUCAGAGGGACUUUUGUAAAUUUAACAGAAUUUAUCAUUUUUAUGCAAACAGCUUUUUAGUUUGUUGCAGAAUAAAGGAAGACAUUUUCCUGAAGGUAUAUCAUGCUACAAAUGGUCUGAUCUUUUUACAGAUGCUGACUGAUGACAUAAAAGCAUUAUGCAUGUACAGAAAGAGACAAAGCCUUUGUCAUACAUUUGUUAAUAUCCAAAUCUUUCUGUGUUAGUAAAACCCAUUGUAGUAGCCAUGCAUUAGUAGGACUCCAUGUAUUGAGCAAAAUAUUGCAGCUUAACAAAUUUUUAGUUAGCAAAACAAUUUGAUGUCUUGUAAAAUGAGAGAAAUAAUAAAUUAUUGUUUUAUAUUUGA